AUGGAUCCGGUUCACGAACAGGAUCUCAAUGACCCCGAAAAGCGCCUUGACGAAUAUACCCAUACACACGAAGGACAAGAGGAUAGUCUGGAUCAGGACGCGAAGUAUGGGGGGCAUCAAGCUCGCAUUUCUCUGGAGAAGAAGUUACUUUGGAAGAUUGACCUGCGGAUGAGUAUCCUCAUCUUCAUAUACAUCUUGAACUAUAUCGACAGAAACAAUGCUGCCGCGGCACGUCUGCGGGGCCUCGAAGAUGACUUGCAUCUCAAAGGCGAAGAGUUCGCGACACUGCUAUCGAUCCUGUAUGUCGGCUAUAUCAUUAUGCAGAUACCAUCAAAUAUGUUUUUGAAUUGGAUUGGAAAGCCAUCUGUCUACCUUCCUGCAUGUAUGAUAGUCUGGGGCGUUAUCUCAUGCCUUACUGGUGGUUUUGUUGGGGCACUGUUGACGCGCUUCUUCCUCGGCUUUGUGGAGGCUGCGUUCUUCCCAGGAGCGUUGUUCUUGAUUUCGAAAUGGUAUAAACGAGAAGAAAUUGGCGUUCGAACGGCGAUUUUGUACUGUGGUAACAUUAUCAGUAAUGCCUUUGGCAACCUUUUAGCAUCAGGUAUUCUAAGCGGUAUGGAGGGAAAACUUGGACAUGCGGCAUGGAGAUGGCUAUUCUAUAUCGAGGGUUCUCUCACAGUCUUCAUCGCGAUCCUGGCCAUAUUUAUCCUACCCGAUUUUCCGGCCACGACUAAGUGGCUAUCGCCUCUGGAGCGUCAACUUGCAAUCCAGAGGAUGGAAGAGGAUGUCGGUGUUGGUGAUCAAAAUGAAACAGAAGACGGAAGUCCUAUGAACGGACUUUGGCUUGCACUCAAGGAUUGGAAGAUUUGGUGGAUGUCCCUGGCGUUGACAGCUCAAGUUGUAGGGCUUUCUUUCAACCAGUAUUUCCCUACGCUAAGGCUCGUGAAUGCUACUAUGGGAUUCAAUCGUACAGUGACUCUACUCCUGUGCGCUCCUCCGUUCGUUUUUACGACUAUAUUAUCAUUUAUUAUAUCUCGCCAUUCGGACAAGACGAAAGAGAGAUUUUAUCACAUUAUCGUUCCAUUUGUAUUUGGUAUCGUCGGAUUCAUCCUCGCUGUCUCCACCAUGAAUACGGCCGCACGAUACGUUUCUCUAUUCUUAAUGGCUCAGAGCUACGCAGGUUUCGUCGUAAUGUACGCCUGGAUCAGCAAUUGCUUCCCAAGACCUCCCUCAAAGCGUGCGGUCGCACUCGCUCUGACAAACGCAUUUUCGCAGCUAGGCAAUGUUGCUGGAUCUUACGUAUGGCCGACGAUGUGGGGCCCCACAUACAACAACUCGGAUUAUAUAUGCAUAGCGGUGUUCGCUUUCACGAUUAUCAUGAACUGGAUAUUCAGACAGCACCUGAUUGCACUCAACAAGAAAAUGGAGAAGGGAGUGGGUGCUGCUGGUUUUAGGUACUUGAUCUGA